UCUUUCACUUCCUCUCUUUUCCCCUUCCUUCUUUUCUUUCUUACAACAAGAGUCAUUCUUUCACAUAGGAGCAAAGGACCAUCAGUCAAAUUGUUUCUUCUCUUCUAAACUGAUGUAACUCAAAAAAAUUUUUCAUUCUCUCCUGAUGCCCCUGCUCAGUCCAAAGGAAACUUUCCAAGAAAUUUGUUUUCUAAAAAAAAAAAACCACACAAUUCUGAGCUCAGACCACUAUAGUCUUCCUUUUGAGGAUAAUCAUGUCAAUCAUAAAAUAAUCAGGUAGCAUUAGUAUCCAAAAUUUACUAGGAAAGCGUCCCUUGGGUCACAAGUCCUUACAAAUUUUCAGUUGUGUAGAACGGCUUUUAAGAACAUAGUUGUUUUAAGAUUAAAAGCUUCUUAGAAUCUCUUUUUAGCCUUAUGGGCUCACAUACUUGAGGAAAACAGAAAACAUUAGCUGCUUUUAAAAAGAAUUCCGUUUCUUUCUCCAACCCAAGCUUGGCUAUUUAUUCCUCUCUUUACCCUGGUUCUCUAAAGGAUUUCUACCCUAAAAAUCGUAGAAUGGGCCUAUGAAACAGCCUAUUGAUUGCUAGAAAGAUUAGAGAGGAUUGCAUCAUUGACUAAAGACUGAGCUCCUUUUAAACGAAUUUAAAAUAACACAUAUCUCAAUAUUUUGAAGUGAAGUUGUGAAUGUUUACAGCAUUGAUCCAGAUCACCCUGUAGAAGAGAUAUUAUAAACUCUGUCAAUUUCCAAGUGGAAUUCAAGAUAAGCUGUCCCUUAAAAGAUAUUCAGUACUUGAAAAAUUAGCAGAAUUAAGAGAAGCAUAAUAAAACAAGCCGCAUGGUGGCGCUGGAAACUAAGAAGACCAAAGGAUCUGCUGGCACGUCAAUACAGACAAAGAUUGUUGGGAAGGAGAAAGGAAAUUUUGUUAGCUGGAACUGAGGGAAAAGACCGUGUUUUGUAUAUACUGAGAUUUCUAAGGAACGGAAGACAAUUAUAUCCUCUGGUGACCAUUUUCGGUUGAGCUGCUCUACCCAGCUUGAAAGGAGGGGGCCAAAGGAAUAAUGGAGCAGGAAUGGUCAAUGAUUCUACAACAAAGGCAAGUUCUUUUUUUCUUUGUUCUACUCUGUGUCGCUGGAGCAGCCUCAGAGCUAAAGCAGUUUUCUGUGGUGGAGGAGAGGGAGAGAGGUUCCUUUGUGGCCAAUGUGGCAAAGGCCCUGGGGCUGGAGGUAGGGAUGUUGUCAAAUCGCCGGGCUAGAGUCGUUUUCAAAGAGAACAAAGAGUAUUUGCAGCUGAACCGUAGAACUGGGGAUCUGCUCUUGAGAGAGAAACUGGAUCGGGAGGAGCUGUGCGGCCCCGCUGAUCCCUGUGUGCUCCCUUUUCAAAUCCUAUUGGAAAACCCCUUUCAGAUUGUUCCAGCUGAAUUAAUGGUAGAAGACAUUAAUGACCAUUCACCAGUGUUUCUAGACACUGAGACAGUAUUAAAAAUCCCAGAGAGCACUUCCCCUGGAACAGUAUUUGUACUAGAAAAUGCACAGGAUUUAGACAUAGGAAGCAACAGUCUAGAGAACUAUACCAUCAAUCCCAACUCGCUUUUCCAUAUUCAAAUUCGAGAUAGCAGUGAGGGCAAGCGAUACCCAGAGCUUGUACUCGAUAAAACACUGGAUCGGGAAGAGAAGUCUGAGGUCACUUUAACUCUCACUGCAGUGGAUGGGGGAGUCCCACCAAGGUCUGGAACUGCCCAAGUCCGAAUCCUUGUAGUUGAUAUCAAUGACAACGCCCCAGUGUUUGCUCAGCUGCGUUAUGAAGUUCAAAUCCCUGAGAACAGUUCCAUUGGAUCCAAGGUUGUCACAGUUUCUGCCACAGAUUUAGAUGCAGGAAAUUAUGGAGAAAUAUCUUACACAUUUUUGCAUGCCUCUGAAAACAUUCGAAAAACUUUCCACCUUAAAGAGGAAUUAGGAGAACUUUAUUUAAAGGGAAAAGUGGAUUUUGAGUCGACUCAAUCUUACACUAUAAAUAUCCAGGCCACAGAUGGUGGGGGCCUUUCAGCAGAAUGUACUGUUAUUGUUCAGGUGAUGGAUCUGAAUGACAAUCCUCCGGAGCUGACGAUAUCUUCACUGACCAGCCCCAUCCCAGAGAAUUCUCCUGAGACAGUGGUAGCUGUCUUCAGAGUUUCAGAUCUGGAUUCUGGGGAAAAUGGAAAGAUGGUUUGCUCCAUUCAAGAUGACCUUCCUUUUACCUUGAAACCUUCCAUUGAAAACUACUACACAUUGGUAACAGAAGGAGCACUAGACAGAGAGUACAAGGAUGAAUACAAUAUCACUAUUACAGUAAUUGACUUGGGCUCCCCAAGACUCAAAUCUGAGUAUAAUCUCACAGUGCUUAUCUCCGAUGUCAAUGAUAACUCUCCAGUUUUUACUCAGAGAACCUACAAAUUGUACCUUCAAGAGAACAAUGGUCCUGCCCUCCACAUUGGCAGUGUCAGUGCCAGUGACAGGGACUCAGGAAUCAAUGCCAAAGUCACCUAUUCUCUGCUGCCUCCAGAAUCUGGAGAACUGCCCCUCUUCUCCUACAUCUCCAUCAAUUCAGACAAUGGUCAUCUCUAUGCUCUGAGAUCUCUGGAUUACGAAGCCAUCCAAACUUUCCAGUUCACUGUGAGGGCAGCUGAUGGUGGUUCUCCAUCACUGAGUAGCCAAGUUCUGGUUCAGAUUGUGGUACAGGAUGAAAAUGAUAACUCUCCCUUUGUUCUGUACCCCUUGCAAAAUGGCACAGCUCCCUGCAAUGAUUUGGUGCCCAGAACUGCAGAGCCGGGUUACUUGGUGACCAAGGUGGUAGCUGUGGAUAGAGACUGGGGGCAGAAUUCCUGGCUUUCUUAUCAGCUGCUCAAGGCCACAGACCCAGGCCUAUUUACUUUGUGGGCCCACAAUGGGGAAGUUCACACAGCAAGACCCAUCAGUGACAAAGAUGCCAUCAAGCAGAGGCUCCUGGUGUUGGUAAAGGACAAUGGGCAACCACCUCUGUCCACAAUGGCCACAAUAAAUGUAUUCCUGGUAGAUGGUUUUUCAGAGCCCUACCUGCAGUUACCAGAUGGACCUAAGGAGCAGGUCCAAACUGAUUCUCUUACCACUUACCUAAUCAUUUCCCUGACCUCUGUCUCCUUUCUCUUCCUUGCUUCUAUUAUUACCUUCAUUACCAUUCAUCUGUGGAAGAGGAAGAGAGAUGCUGCUUAUGGUAGUCAUUUUAAUCCAAAUGGCCCCUUCCCAGAUCACUUGGUGAAUGUCAGUGGCACAGGGACUUUGUCUCAGAGAUACCAAUAUGAAGUUUGCCUGACCAGUGGCUCAGGGAUCAGUGAGUUUAAAUUUCUGAAGCCCAUUAUUCCCAGCCUUUCACCUGCUGAGGGAAGUGGGCAGAAUUCUAUUGAAAACCCACAUUUAAGAAAUAGCUUUUGUUUCACUUAAUGUUUUUCCCUUUGUUUCAGUGGAUCAUCCUCCCACCUCACAACGUUGCUUUUCUUUCUAUAGCAAAAAAUAUAUAUACUUCUAUGAUAUCCCAUUUUAUUAUAAUAUUCAUUCUCUUUUCCACUUCCACAAACAUUUUGCCUUUCUCCUUGCAUCCUUAAGUUGAAAAGCCUUCAUCUUUUUAUUCUUCUUUUGUAUUGGAUUUUUUUUCUAGUUUACUCAAAUUUCUCGGUUUUUAGCAGAGUGAACUUUAAUACAUUCUCUGUCACAUUUCAAACUUAGACUUUUAAUGCUUGUGAUCAAGGAAUUUAACAAAUGUGUUGAACAUCCUCAGAUUUGAUUUUUAUGGAAUUGUCUGUUUUGAAAAUCAUUUGCUGAAAAUGUUUUCCAAACCAGGACACUAAUACAUUGUUGGUGGAGUUGUGAAUUGAU